ACUACCGUUGCAGCCCAACAAUCAGUUGCCCUGUUUGAAGGCCCUUCUUGGGAGAGCUUUCUAGGAAGAAAGGAUGGCCUGACAGCUAGCCAAACUGGUGCAAAUAAGGCCCUUCCAAGUCCAUUUGAUCCCCUCAUUGCGACUGCAUCCAAAUUUGCUGCUGUUGGACUAGACAGUAGAGACCUGGUGGCGUUGUCUGGUGCCCAUUCAUUUGGCCGGGUCCGGUGUCUGUUUUUAACUCCCCGGCUUUAUGAUUUCAACAACACCAGGAAGCCUGAUCCCACUUUUGAGCAGAACACAACUGAAGAUACUCGAGGUGGAAAUGGGACAGUUCUCACUAACCUAAACCCAACAACAGUGAAUACAUUUGACAACAGAUACUUCUCCAAUCUGCAAACAAGUGCAGGCCUGCUUCAAAGUGACCAGGAGCUGUUUUCAACUCCUAAAUCAAAUACAGUGGAGCUGGUUAACCAAUUCAGUGCCAACCAGACAGCUUUCAUUGAAAGCUUUGUAGCUUCCAUGAUUAAGAUCAGUUAUAUUAGUGUUCUAACUGGGAUGGAGGGAGAAGUGAGGACUCGUUGUCUAAGAGUGAAUAAUAUUUAA